AUGCCAAGAUGUUACGUGUCUGUCAUCUAUGAAAUGCCCUUGCUGCUCGAGCAGCCUAGGAAGUCCUUGUUUCUAGAGGCUCCGAAGAGGCCUUCGAAGCCGGCUGAAGGAGUAGAGGUAUUGCUCCUACUGCCGAAUCGCAAGGAGUUAUCAGUCUUGUUGGCGAGCAGGCCCGAAUUGCCCUUCCGGCUCGAAGAUCCGAGGAAAUCUUUGUCGCUGGCAGCUCCGAAGAGGGUUCCCCCAUCCUAA